AUGGUUACAAUUAGAAAAGCAUGUGAACUAUUUAUAGACGGAAAUUGAGCGUGCCGCCAUUAUGAUCGAGACAGACGACUUCCAAAAUAUUCUGACAGGACAGCUGGGAAAUAUACCGUCACUUCCGGCCAAUGUCGUAAAAAUAUUUAUUUGCGCAAACCCAGAAGAAUUUGACGUUGAGCGGAAAUACCUGUGGCAUGAAGUAUUGCCGGACCUACAGCAACAUUGUUUGCAAUAUGGUCUAGAUGUUCUAUUUAUAGACAUGCUGCAUGGCGCAUACGAUGACGCCACAAGCAGUGCGGAAAACUUGCAAGCUCGCUUAAGUGAAAUUGAAGAAUGUCACGCGGAAUCUGUCGGUCCUUUCUUUCUGGGUUUACUUGGAGACGAAUAUGGAGACGUCCCACUUCCGGCAGCGUUCAACGAGCAAGAAUUUCUGUUCAUCAUCGAAAAUGGCGGGAAAACGCAAGCUCAAAGAAAAGAAUUAUUAUUAAGUAGGUACAAAUUGGAUGAAAAUGCAAUACCUCCGGCAUAUGUUUUAAAAGAGGAAUUCCGCUAUGAUAAGGUUGAACAUGAAGAAUGGUUAGAUAUGUAUAAAACUAUUCUCGAAGCUAUUCAGGCCUCGACAUUGGCUUGUGAAAGUCAGGGAAUCCUAAAUCAGUGCCUAGAAAAGUAUUUUACUUCAGGGUUAGAACGUCAAAUCAAGCAAGCAUUGUGGCUUUCGUCAAAAGACACUGUAUUUUUCUUCAGAUCUUUUCAAGGUAAAGACAAAGCCAAUGGGAUCGGCAGUUCCGAUACAAAUUCUAGCAAUUCUUUGAAAAGGAACGCUCACAACCAGAGGUCUUCUCAGUAUUCAAAAAUCUCAAAACUGAAACAGGAUGUUGUUGGCAAGGUGCCGAGAUCUCAUAUAUUGCAGCUGCACGUUUCCGGUCAGCCAGAAGAUUUCCAAGAAAACAGGAAAGUACAUGACGAUUACAUCGAAAAUUUUAUUCUGUUAGUUACAAGGAAAUUAGUAGAAAUUAUUGACAAAAUAAAUUCCACUGAUUCUUUACGACUUCUAGAAUUAGGCAAACAAAGGCAUGCUUUUGAUUACAACGAAAGACUGGUGCACUUACAUCGAUGUAUUGAUAUUUUCAAAGACAGUCCUCUGACGGGGUUUGAAAAGUACAUGUCAAAAUUGCAAGCGCUUCUUAUAAACGGAGGUCGGGCCGAUCACCAACUUGGAAUUAUCAAAGGGCCCGAAGGGUGUGGUAAAAGUACAGGAAGCUACAACUUUUUUCAGGGGUUGAUGAACAGGGUGUCGAAAAGCUCGAGGCACCUGUUGAUUUUUAUCGACGGAAUCGACAAAAUGCAAUUGAUUCAAGAAAAGCAGACGACAACAUUCGGUGCAAUCGACUGGCUUGCCACGAGAUUGCCGCCAAAAUUUCACAUCACAGUAUCUUGUUCUUCUACAAGUAAUUCCUCAAUUGUUAAACGUCUGGAAAGCAAACUGCUCAAUACUGACGUCAUUGUUUACAUCAACAAUAUGUCGGCUGAUGAAAGUAGCUUGAUACUUGAACAAACAUUAUUCAAAGCCAAACGAAAACUAACGGAAAGCCAAACUAACGCAGUGAUAAGUUCCUUUUCAAAGGAAAGAAACCCGUUUAUAAUAUCGGAAGUGUCCAAGAUGGCUACAACGUGGCAUUCUUGGAGUCAGCCUAAUAUUACAGGUAGUCUACCGGAUUUGAUUCCGGUUUCCAUUGAAAACAUUAUCGAAAAUAAGUUAAAAUCCCUCGAAGAAACGUACGGGAGGAUAUUAGUGAGCUCCCUGUGCAUGUAUAUAACCCUGGCUCGGUAUGGUUUGACAGAGGUUGAACUGAUGGAUGUAAUGUCAGCUAAUGACCAAGUUCUCCUUGAAGCUCACACCCACGAGCAACCAUUGGUGCUGAGAUUUCCUUGUCACAUUUGGGCUGAAAUAAGACAAAGCAUUGGGUCACUCCUCAGCAAAAGGUGUAUAGGAAACAGGACUCUAUAUACAUGGACGAACAAACGAUGCGUCGCUGUCGUCCGCCAAAGAUAUCUCAGCUCGCCAGAACAAACUGUACUCGUACAUAAAGAGUUAGCAAACAUUUUUAUGGAACAGUGGAACACUAGAAAUCCAUUCGUUGACUACGAUGACCUCACAAAGGUUACGGAGGACGUAGAUCGGAUAUUAAGUCCGCAGCCAUUGGUGUACAAUGACGUCAUGUACAACUUUAGAAAGUUACACGAACUAUGGUUUCAUCUGUUGAAAUCUGGUGACACGGAGCUAUUCAAAGAAAACACAUUUUGCAAUUUUGAGUAUCUUCUGGCAAUGACAGAUGCAGACAAUAUUCAGAAAGUCAUGUAUAACCUUGACCUUGUGAAGUCGUUCCUCGUUGAUGAAGACAUGCAUUUACUUGAUUUGACCUUGAGGUCAGGCGGUGUAGCAUUACAUACCUCACCGCUUCAAUUAGCAAAUGAGCUUAUUGGGAGAAUGAGACAAAUUAAAGUUUACUUUCCUCGAUAUAUCGAACCGUUGGUUUCACAGUGUAUGGAAUGGUGCGACAACUACACACUUCCCCUCCUCGUACCAUUGACAACAUGGCUGGAUAAUGUCCAUUCGCCAUUGGUUACUUCUAUGUCACAUGACCAACCAAUCACGUGCGCUUCCCUGAUGCCAAAUGGGCAACAUGUUAUCAUUGCUGCUGAUCAUUCUAUUUCUAUGUAUCACAUUGCCACGAGACGAAAAGUUAAAUGUUUUAAUGGCCAUACUGGAGAGGUCACGUGUAUGUACCUCGAUCCAAACAACCGCAUGCUCGCUUCCGGUGCCAAAGAUAGAACUGUGCGAACAUGGAACCUGGAUUCAGAAUACUGUCUCGACAUAUACAACGACUUUAAAUCAUGUGUCACGUGUCUGUUAUGUCUUGACGAAGACGACCUAAUUUGUGGCACAGACGACGGAUCAGUUGUUGUAAGACAGCUUAGUAACGGUGACAUCGUAAAAACUCUAACACUGCACCGGAAACGAGUGACGGCAGUUCGUUUGUGUAAAGCAAAUACAAUAUUACUGACCAGUAGCCUAGACAGUAAAAUAAUUGUGUGGUACACAAAAGAUUGGAAUCAUAUGAACAUUAUAGAUGUAGACAUACUGAGUCCAAUACUCUGUAUAGAUGUGUCCAUAGACGGAACAUUCCUGGUCGCAGGUUGUGAUAAUUCCUCCAUGCACGUGAUUGCCAUGGCAACAGGCACCAUAGCUCAAACAACACAGAUUAACAGGGGCAUGAUCAACAGCGUUUCAAUCUGCGCCGAUAGUCAUCAUUGUGUGGUGGCGUCGUCAAGUGGAGAAGUGUAUCUGUACAACUUCCGCGCCACUGAGGUCCUAAAUGUGUUCAAGGGACAUAAAAGUCCAACUACAUGUACGAUGUUGUCUGAAAAUGGAUAUCUAGCUGUUACAGUAUCUAAGCACGAGAUUUUCGUGUGGAGUUUAUUAAAACGUUUCACAGCAGAGACUUACCACGACAUUCACAGUGGGCCGGUAUCCUGUCUUGUCAUGACCCCGGACAGCAAAAAGCUCAUUUCAGGUAGCCAAGAUGGUUUGCUGAAAACAUGGAGUCUUGACGUAAGUGAUUUUGCAGAAAAUUUCACCGGUCACAAAGCGGCCGUGACCUGUCUGGAUAUAGCAAGUGAUAACACGUUUGCUGUAUCUGGGUCAAGUGAUAUGACCUUGAGAGUGUGGAGCAUUACCAUGGCAACCGUUAUUACGUUAUACAAAGGACAUGACAAAGUAGUGAGCGGGGUGUAUGUAUUAUCAGACAACCGCCUCGUGUUAUCGUUUGACGUGUCCCAGAAAAUUCACAUGUGGCGUGCUGAGGAUGGACAGCUAAUGAGACUCUAUGCUGGACCGACCCUGCUACACCUGGUCGCGCCAAACAGCCAGCAUUGUAUAUCCGGAGGCGGUGAUAACAGGUUACAGAUUUGGAGACUAUCAGAUGGGUCGGUAUUGAAGGAAAUAAACCAUACCGAGAAAAUCACGUGUCUCACGUGCACAAAAGAUAGCCAAUACCUGGUGACAGGGUCACAAGAUCGUUCUGUGAAAGUAUGGGAGAUUGACAGCGGCAAAAUAGUUCAGAUUGUGGUUGAUCACAGUACUUCAGUGCGUUGUUUGGCAGUCACGCGCGACAAUGAGACAAUACUGGCUUCCGGUGAUUGUGGAAUUAUUCACGUGUGUAGCUUAAGUUUAGGGACUAUUGAGAAAAGACUGUGCGGACAUUUCAACAAAGUCACGUGCAUAAAUUUAACAGCAGAUGACGCUGUUCUUCUAUCAGGUUCACUGGACCACACCGUCCGCGUCUGGAAUUUCCGGCGAGGAACGCAGCUAACCAUGUUCGAUACCCACUACCCAGUGCUCGGGCUUGUGAUGACAGAUACCGCUGACCGUAUCGGUAUAAUGCUCGCAAACAACAACAACGUCCCAAUACUUUGCCUCCACAACUCGCCGGCAAAGCAAAACCAGCCAGGAAAGCCCGCGGAGAACACCAUGUCACUUAUUUCUAUACGUGGUAGUUUGAUUCAAAGUUUAAACGCUUCUUCAAAUGGCAGUCAGGCAGAUUUAUCAGACGCAAGCAGCGAAGAAGGGCACCAGCUGCCAAUAAAGCCCAAACCGCCGCAGAGAAAUAGAGUACCAAUUACUUACAAAAUGCCAGUACGCCGACGCAGGAGCUCGUCGAUGUCCAGUAUUCCUCAGAUAAUUCAGCAUUCACCAAUUCGGGCACCUAUACAAACUACAGUUAAAGCUCAAGAGAAACGCCGUCUGACAUUCCCGCUUCAAAAGAAAGUCGACAAACCAAAGAAGGUUGAAGACAACCUGAAUACGAAACAAUCUCAUGUUUGCAGUAUUUUGUGAUAUAUAUGACGUCAUUCAGUGAAACACUUGUUAAAACUUGCAGAUGAUUUGCCAAAUAAUUGCAAAAGCAAUUAAUGCGGUCAACCAACAAGGGACAGGAAAUCCACCACCAAAUUCACAUCAAAAAUAGUAUAUGUCACUAUUCUGACUGCCAAAUACAUGUCCGCACCAGAAAAUCUUAAUAUCAAAUUAAGGCCAAAAAUUAACCCAGACUACUAAAACUUUAAAGCCAGAAAAUGAGAACACGAAAUAAAGGCUUAAAAUAAAUUCAGAAUACUGACAUGAAAACAAAACGAGAAAAUCUGAACACCAAAUUUAGGCUUAAGGGUAUCAAAGACAGGAAAUGCGAACAAAAAUGAAUUCGUACUAUAGCCUAUAGAUAUCAAAGCCAUAACACCUGAAUACCGAAUAAAUACCAAAAAUGUAUAUCACAGCCAGAAAAUAUGAAAACCAAGUUAAACCAAGGACAAAAUAAUCAAUUCUAAGUACGACAAAGAUAUUGGAACCAACAUAUUUGACCAUUAAAUAAGAACCAGGAAAAUAAUGUUGAAUUUGACAUUUCUUCCAAUGCAUCAUACAUAGUACAUGUACAAAUGUAUAAUGAUACCGGUCACUUUAUAUAAAUAGACUAGUGAUGUUUGUAUGUUAUUUACGUAUGCAUCUAUUUUAGGAUGUCUGUAUUCUUUUAAAUAAUUAUGUAUGUUGAUGAAAACAUACCUAAGGACCAAACUUUAUAAAAUUGAUGUUUGAAAAUUUCUUAUUUCUUAACCUGCCGAGGGUAGCUGAAUCUACCCUUGCUCUGCGACCAUUGCAUACCAAUAUCAUACGUGCUGUCUGACUGUGGCCUGCAUUAUUUGCUUUCCGGCCAAUUCUUUAUUGUAUUUUUUCUUUAAAAUUAUUUUUUUUUUGUUCAGAUUGAAAGAUAAACAAGUUUAUUUCAGAUAGUUAGCCUAACAUAGGUUAAAGAUGGUGAUCCAUGCUAAAAGUCAUUCCUAGCUUGUGAAAUAGAAUUGAUUUUAAAACUUUAUUUGUAAGAAAAUGUUUAUAUAAGUUUUCUUGUAUCAUUCAAAUGUUUUAAAAACAGACAAACUUUUUGUUAAAUCUCUCAAUGUCACUGAACUUAGUUUUUUAUACUUUAUAGUAUUUUUCACUAAUUAUAACUGGACGCUUUUUAAUGUCAACAUAUUUGUAUGAACAAUGUGUUAAUGAUGUAACUUUUAAUUACGAUAUUUUAAAUUAUUACCUAAUUGUUUAUGUUUUCCAUUGAGUUUACAUCAUAUUUUUAAUUACAUUCAUUAUCUGUCGCAGAUUAACUGACCUGUUGCCUGAUGACCAAAUGAUGUAAACGUCAGUAUAUUAAUUUCGCCAAUUCAUUACCCUAAUAGCUCACACCGAAUGGAUUUCGUUCGAUUUUGUUGGGAUCUAUUAGCUUAUUGAAACACUCCCAGAUAUGUUCUUGGAAUCAACCAAUACAGAGAAAUAAGUAAACUUUCUUGCUCAUGGAAACAACGGCCUGUCCCCUGACGUGGAUUGAACUUACACGACCAGAAAUCGUUAGUUAACGUAAUCCUUUGACAAGUCCAAACGACUUGGCAACACCACAACAUCGUCAUGAUGUACCAGGGUUCUUGAUGAGGAAAGGCUUGUUAGUGAAGUAAUUGUAACAUAAAAUGUCUCCGUUAUUUCAAUUUUGUUCGUUAACAGA